AUGAGUGCCGGCGACCUCAGUCUGGGCCCGCUGCGCAUCGCCAACCCUUCGCCGACCUCCUCCCCGCCGCCGCCGACAUCGUCGAAUUCGGACGAGAGCAACAGCACCGUCACGGCAAACCCCGCCCGCCGACCCGCAGAGCUCCUGCCGACCCUCUCGCAUACGUCCAUUGGCGGCGGCAGCAACGAUAACAGCAGCCUCGGCUUCGACCCGGACACCUACCACGUGCAGACUACCGACAUCCCACUGGCUUCCUCGCCGGCGUCACGCUCGCCCGCUCAACAGCAGCACGAAAUCCAAGAACGGCAGCUGAAUCACCGCCGGAGCAUGCCACUGGCGCAACAGGCGCAACAGAAUGUGUUGUACUCCACCCAGUCCGGUAGCUACAGCCCGCAGACCCGUAAACCGAGUGCGCAGAGCGGUGGACCGGGCUCACGCACAAGCGGCAUGUACACCCAACAGCACAAUUCCUCUGCAGGCUCUGGCAUCUCCACACAGGGCUCAUACAGAUACCGAGACGAUGUCGGGCUGAGCGAUCCCACUGGUGGCUUGUCUCGCAGUGGGUCGCGCAGUGCACGCCAGAUGGUGGAUUCCGUGCCACAUCGGGAAUCCAGCAGGAGUUACAGGCAGCCAAGCGCAGUCACCAAUAACGGCAAUGGUACUGCUCCCCAGCGAGCUUUCUCACAGAGGGUUAGGGUGCCCACCACCGGCUCAAGCGCAAAGGCAGGGGGCUACGAUGGUUCGGAAGCGCAGUAUACCGAUGCACCGCGCAUGCCGGCCACCGCGGCGGAAUGGAGAGAUCGUGGAGCUGCCACGGGCAUGGUACGCGAAAAGGAUGCAUCUGGCCAGUCGCACACGCGUCAGGUCAAAAAGGGCGUGCACGACUUCACGUUUGGGCGUUUGUUAGGUGAAGGCUCGUAUUCCCUGGUUACGGCAGCUGUCGACCGGACGUCUCUAACCGAGUACGCCGUCAAGGUCCUGGACAAGAGGCACAUCAUCAAGGAGAAGAAGGUCAAGUACGUGAACAUUGAGCGAGAUACUCUCAACAGAUUAACGGAACAUCCUGGGAUCGUUCGCCUGUACUACACAUUCCAGGACGAGCGGUCAUUGUACUUUGUUUUGGACCUGGCUCCAGGAGGAGAACUCUUGGGCACGCUGAAAAAGCUGGGCUCAUUCGAUGUCGAAUGCACACAGUUCUACGCGGCCCAGAUUCUGGAUAGCAUAGCAUACAUGCACGGUCGAGGUGUAAUCCACCGAGAUUUGAAACCGGAGAAUGUUCUCCUGGACGAGAAGAGGCAUGUGAAGAUUACCGAUUUUGGCACGGCCAAGAUCCUACCCGAUCCGCGAACCACGCCGAACAGGAGUCUGGCGGAAGAUGCUGGAAGUCCCACCAACGGCGACGAUGGGGGAAAUGACAAGGCAAAUUCUUUCGUAGGGACUGCAGAGUACGUUAGCCCGGAGCUGCYCCGCGAUAAGAAUGCGUGCAAAGCGUCUGACCUGUGGGCAUUCGGAUGCAUCGUUUACCAAUUGCUGGCAGGGAGGCCUCCCUUCAAAGCUGCAAAUGAGUAUCUCACCUUUCAGAAGAUUCUCAGUCUGGACUACCAAUUUCCCAACGGCUUUCCUGAGCUAGCGAAGGAUUUGGUGGAGCGCUUGUUGGUACUAGAUCCCGCUGCUCGACUGCCCGUUGAACACAUCAGAAACCACAGGUUCUUUGAAGGCAUCAAGUGGGGCAAGAGUUUGUGGGUUCAGCCAGCACCAAUGCUCAAACCAUGGGUUCCUCCCCCCUCGGCACCUAUAAGGCUCAACGGGACAAGUCGAAGUCAAAGCAACGGUAACGGUGGUAAGCUUGCAAACAUGGCAGCUGCUACGGCGAUGCAAGCACAGGGCGCGACGUCGCAGUCGCAGUCGCAGCCGCAGCCGCAGCCGCAUGUCCAACCGCAGUAUUCAUCUCAACCUGACCCUCAAACGGCCGCGCAGUCUAGACGGCCGCAGCUCAUGAAUGUCACCGAGUUGGCACCACCAAGUCAACUGGAUAUCGAAUGGGCUCCCGUAAUGAAGAACAACAACGAGCGCAUACUCAAACUUGGCAAUCUUGUCGUUACAACCUCCUCUCAAGCGAACAGUCCUACCGGAAAGAACGGUGAACCUUCCACGCCGCAGGAAAAGCCAAAGUUUGCUCGCUUCUUCAGCGGCAACGUCAACAAGAAACGCGAGAGGCUGAUUUUGAUCACCAGCUGUGCGAGGCUGGUCGUUGCUGCAACUGGUGGCAAUGAGAAGAAAGCAAAGAUGGAGAUCAACUUGGCAGCGCCUGGUGCAACAUGGCAGAGUUUUGUCGAUUCGAAAGGGUUGACAUACUGGUGUUUCGACACGCGAGACAAACAUUAUAUCUUUGAAGAUCCACGCGCGACUACCUCUGACCCCCAAGGCAGCAAGUACAGCACUCAAGAGUGGCUAGAUGCAGUGGAGCAAGCUCGCGAGGUCGCCAUGGCCACCUCACUUGCCGACAGUUACUCGGGCGAAGCAAUGAUGAACGACAUGAGCCAUGCUGAGGGGACCGGCCUGAGUAGCCCAUCCGACUCCAUGGGGGGUGAUGCUGCUAUGCCCCUGUCUGGACCGAGCGCUGGUGAACGACAUAUGCUCCGCCACACCUUACGCAGGAACACCGACGAUGAGAGUCUCAAGGGGAGGAGGCGCUUCAGCAAGCGCAAUUCCAAGAGUGGGUUGGCGGCAGUGUUUUAG